GGAAAUUCUAGAAAUAUUUCAAAAUACAUAGAAGUUUUGCGUCAGUUACGCUCGCUAACUAAAUUUGUUUCAUCGAAAAACAGCAAAAACGUGUGUAAAUUAAUUUUUGGCACAAGCGAAUUCAACUUUAACAAUCAACUGCGAAUUUCAUCACAACAAGAAAAUGUUGCUGCGACUUGCAUUGUCGAAAGCUCCAUCGAGCUGCCAAUUGCUGGCCAAAUCCUCGAAACUGAAUCUUAGUUUAGUUCGCAACUAUGCACGGGGUCCAGUGCGCCCCCCACGCAAUCCCGUAAUUGUGGAGCGGGCUCCAGUACGCAGUCAACCGACGCUCAAGGAGAAGCUAAUGGGCCCACCAAGUGCCAAUGCUUUUUCAUUGGGCAAGGGAGCAGCUGCGGGAGCCGCUGCUGUCGGCCUGGGCGCCCUUUGCUACUACGGCAUCGGCAUGGGCAAGCACACAAGCAUUGCGGACAACGCCAUAAUGUGGCCGCAAUAUGUGAAGGAGCGCAUACAAUCGACAUACGCUUUCUUUGGUGGCUCCUGCUUGCUAACUGCAGCCUCUGCUGCUGCAGUCUUCCGCUCGCCUCGUCUCCUCUCACUGGCCUCGCGCGGUGGCUUUGUGUGGACACUAGCUUCGUUUGCUUUGGUCAUUGGCAGUGGAGCUGUCACACGCUCCAUUCAGUAUGAGAAGGGGUUGGGGCCAAAGCACUUGGCCUGGGCCGUGCAUUGCGCUCUAUUGGGUGCUAUGAUAGCCCCAUUAUGUUUCCUCGGUGGACCGAUACUAACGCGCGCAGCUCUCUACACGGGCGGCAUUGCCGGUGGCUUGUCGACGAUCGCAACUUGUGCACCGAAUGAUAAAUUCUUGUAUAUGGGUGGUCCAUUGGCCAUUGGCUUGGGCCUUGUCUUCGCCUCAUCCUUGGCAUCAAUGUGGCUGCCGCCAACGACCAUGCUAGGCGCUGGCUUGGCCUCGAUGUCGCUAUACGGCGGACUGAUUCUCUUCAGCGGCUUCCUGCUCUACGAUACGCAGCUGUUGGUGCGCAGGGCUGAGGUGUACCCAGAGUAUGCAUAUGCACCCUUCGAUCCGAUUAAUGCCUCUAUGUCUAUCUAUAUGGAUGUUUUGAAUAUAUUCAUAAGAAUUGCGACCAUCAUGGGACUUAACCAUCGUAAAUAAUUUCAAGCAAAUACAGUUGUGAUAUAAUAAUGAUAUAUAUGUAAACAAAUAAAUAAAGCUUACAGGCUACAAAGCCUAGAAAAAGUAAA